AUGUCGACCAAUACACCCCUCUCGCCUAAACCCUCUCUUCGAAACCUGCGCGACCAGGCCGGGGGCGUCCCACAACCUUCCGAUCAGUAUGGUGGAUCCGAGGAGCCACCAACAGCUUCAGAGCUGCAUCCGGGGGAAGUACACGCCUCACCUCCACACGACAACCCCAUCAACCCAGCUUCCUCAGACGCCUCCAGCUCGCAACACGCGCGAAACUCAUUCCAACCAUUCUUCACCCUAGUCGAAGACGCCCACACAUCAGACUACCACCACCCAACAGUGCACUAUAUCUUCUCGGACGACGACACAGACAUCGUAACGGAAGCCGCACUCCGCAGUCUAGAAGGGGCACAGGCACACCUGCACAAAGAUGGUCCCAAGUCAAACGAUCCCGAAGGUUCAACACUCCUUCCCCCGCCUGUCCCAGGCGUCCGCGAGAACUACAUCGUUCUAGACGUCGAGCGCGUGCCUAGCACGACCCCAAGCUCAGACCUAAAUUCUGCAGCAGUAACCCAAAAUCCGGCCUCUAUCGCAAGUCUGGGGAUCGGCGAGCAGAAAACACACUCUAGAUCAUCAGGCCAACCACCAGGGUCAAAUCCGCAAUUUCGGGUAACUAGUGCCAAGAGUUUUUCACCUGGGUGGCAGGUACUCAGUAGCGAGGUGGUAGCUGCGCCGACUUUCGAGAAUGGGAAUGGGAAUCCCGGGGAUGCGGGACAUGGGUUGAUGUUGAAGAUCCGUGGGACAGGGGGGGUUGGCUGGGGAAAUUGGACGGGAGAGGGGGACGCAGAGGAGUUGCAGAUGGUCAUUGAAGCUGCGGAUAUCCAUUAUGAUCAGAGGGCGAAAGAGGAAGCUGGUGAGGCGAAUGAAGACGAAGAGGACGAGAAAGGAAACCAGGAGACUUGA